GGUUUCUUUGAGGGGGCGGACAAGUGCGGCCUCAUGAUUUUCCACAAGGAGCGGAACCACUGGGGUUGCAGUGGAUACCUCUGCGUGGAGUUUUCACUCAUUUCAAAGGCCGGGGCAUGGACUGCAUUCAAAGCAUCGCACUGCCCCAACGCGUGA